UGUACUUCCUUACCCGAUAUGUGCAUCUAUAUACUUUUCUACUCUCUGUGAACUAGUGAUGCAACAUGGACAUGGACGUUCCACCAAUGAAAUUCAAGGUGACAAAAGUUGAGGAUGAUCCAAAAAUCAUCAGGCAAUCCAUUUCAGGAGAUGCUGAUUUUGAAACCGCCAUAUCAGCGGCAGGUUUCGGUAAAUUCAAUUUCCUCUUGUGUUUGUGUCUAAUACCAUCCGCUUGGUCUCAACUUUUUGAAGCACAGACUCUAGCUUUUGUACUACCAAUAGCCGAAUGUGACUUGGAUCUCACUCUGGAACAGAAAGGAAUACUAAAUUCAGCAUGUUUCGCUGGAAUGAUCUUGAGUAGUUUCAUCUGGGGGUACCUGAGUGAUAUCCUAGGUAGGAAGAGAGUUAUGGUAUAUGGUUACUUGAUGGAUUGGUGUUGUAUGAUCAUGGCAUCUUUUUCACAAAGCUUUGCCAUAAUGCUGACAGCCAAAUUCCUCGGAGGAUUCAUAAUAAAUGGUCCAUUUUCAGCAGUUGCAUCAUUAUUAUCGGAAUUCCACUCGUCCAAAUAUAGGUCCAGAGUGCAACUCGUUAGAGGUAUUAUUGUGGCUCUAGGUUCUGUCACAAUUCCUCUACUCGCUUGGGCAAUACUCCCAAGGAAUUGGAAUUUCUCAAUCUCAGGAUACGUAGCAAUUCAUUCCUGGAACAUAUAUCUGCUGGUAUGUUCCUUUUCUUCGCUGACUAGCGGUUUGAUCUUCAUCUUCAUGCCUGAGAGCCCCAAGUUUUUGAUGAGUAAAGGAAGAAAUGAAGAAGCCUUGGAUGUCUUUCGAAGAGUAUACAGCAUGAAUUACGGAAAACCCAAAGAUCAAUACCCUAUUAAAUCUCUAGUGAAUGAAUGUUGCCUUCCUGAUUCGACAGCAUCUUUCAGAAGACAGAGUGUUCAUAUCAUCAGAGGUUUCAUAGGAACAGUGAAGCCGUUGUUUACAAGGCAAUACAUUUUUUAUUUAAUACUGACCUGUGUAAAUGGAUUCAUGCUGCUCAUGAGCACCAACACUUUGAAAUUAUGGCUACCCCAACUGCUGCAAGCCGUAAAUGACUAUCAGCAAAGCUACGGAGGCAGUUCCGAUAUCUGCAAUAUGCUAGAAACAUUGGUACCAGCCAAUGAGACCAAAACUACUUGUGAAGUGAACUUGAACAAUUCUUCAGUCUACAUCAACUCCACUUUAAUCGGAUUUGCUCAAGUAGCAGUUUUUGGAUUGGUGGCAAUAUUUCUCGGUAAAAUAAGCGAAAAAAUUACUUUCGGUAUUUUAGCUGUAAUAUCAGCAAUCGCAUCAGUUUCCAUUUAUGCCGGCCAAAAUAUACCCACACUAAUGGCACUAUUCGCGGUAUCUUUAUCAGCCUCAGGAGUUUGUGCCAAUAUCUCGAUGACAUUGACCCUAGAAUUAUUCCCGACGUCUAUCAGAACAUCUGCAUUGUCGUUGAAUCUAAUGUGCGCCCGCCUUGGAUCAGUAAUAGGCAGCUCAGUUUUCCCCUGGUUGUUGAAUUCUGGAUGCUUACCACCUUUUCUCUUCAUUGGACUCCUAACUUUUGGAGCAGGACUAACAUUAAUUCUGUAUCCAAAUACCAAGGGCAAAACGCUGAAGUAAUAUAUAUUCCAGAAAAUACCUAUACAUGUUACAUAAUAUCUCAUUUUUGUAUAGUUUUAUAAGUACAAGAUUAAAUUAUUUCGAUAA